AUGGAUAUCGACUCACCAGGCCUUGACGACGUCGAAGCACAGGCCCAGUACAUGCAGAAGGUCAUGGGCUUUGCUGGAUUCAAGACGACCAAGAACACGAAGGUGCCUGGAAACGAGAGACUGUAUGGUGUCAGAAGGGAGACCGUCAUCAAGGCCCGACAGUACAUGAACCGCACUGGUGGUUUCAACAGGCCGCUCAGCCCCGGGUAA